AUCUAGCUAUAGACCAUACAUAAGCUACAUUGAUGAAUCGAUUGCAUUUAUAGAUAUUAAUAUAUAUUCAAAAUGGACUAAAAAGAAGAUAUUAAUAAUAAUAUACCAGUUAGUAAAGAACCUAGAUUUAAUUGAAACUGUUAAUUAAAGAAAAGUGCAGACAACAACAAUAAAUUCAAACGAAACCAUUAUACAACAGCAUUGAUCAAUAGAUGGCAACAUUCGUCCACCAAAACUAUCCCUUUCAACGAAUUCAUGGGGAGUAGUCCCACUUAUCAAAUCUCAGAACUAUUUAGACAGGAUUAUUUAUGUCGCUUUUAUACCUGUGUAGCCGGGAUUCUGAAACAGAUGAAACAUGCUCGCUAAAUUAUCAUGACCAUCUCUACCUUCAUUGCUCCAUUAGCAAAGUAGUAUGGCAGAAGCUACAUAUUUCCCUCCCUCAAGAAUGGACUAGUAUCAUCGCUAACUACAACCUUAAUAUUACACAGCUUCUUUUGCUAAAUCGAUACCUGCACAUCAUCCACCAAUUGUACAGUCGACGACGACUAGCGCAUAAGGAGGGUAAUGUGCUCGAUCCAUUAACUCUCCCACUUAUUAAAAAUUGGGUAUCAUAUUUGUCUUCAUCCUUAUAAAUCUAUCUACUUUAUUAUCUACACACUAUGUCCAAUAAGAAUAUCUCGCUGAGAGUUUUCACUAGUUACUAGUUUCUCUCAAAAAUUUUGCAAGUAUUUAUUCACUCUAUAUAUAAUUGUAUAUCGUGUAUAGUGAGAAUAAAUAUAUUGCUACGGAAAAAAAAAAA